AUGUUCCGGUUUUUGAUAAUCACCUUUGUUGCUUCUGCAAUGGCUCACCAUGGCGGUUCUCAUAUGGGAGCCUGCCCUGAAGUCAAGCCCGUUGAAAAUUUUAAUCUUAGUGCGUAUCAAGGAGUUUGGUAUGAAAUAUCUAAAAUACCUAUCGAAUCCGAAGGACCAGGCAAGUGUGGACAGGCUGAAUACAAGCUCGAAGGCGACGUGGUCAAGGUUAAGAACUCUCAAGUCAUCAACAGUGUUCAGACCUACAUAGAAGGAACUGCAAGAUUUGCUGAUGAUGCUAACAAUGCGGCUAAGUUCAUUGUGUCCUUCACGUUUGGAGGAGUACCAUCGGAUUCCCAACUUAUGGUUCUGCAAACUGACUACAGUGGAUAUUCUAUUGCCUACAACUGCAAGUACGAUGAGAAAACGAAGAUACACGAAGAGCACGCUUGGAUUCUCUCAAGGUCCAAAACUUUGGAGGGAGACGCCAAAAAUGCUGUCGACAAUUUCUUGAAAGAAAAUCCCAAGGUCAUUGAUUCUGCCAAACUCGUUCAGAGCGACUUCUCCGAAGAGGCUUGCAAGUUUACGUCUACCAGCGUGAUGGAGACACCAGUAGCCAAGCCUUGA